UUACUAAAAAAGAGAAUAACGAGAGAAUCCCGUGCUGAGAGCAUGGAGUUUGGAGGGAGUUUUUGGAUUCUGAAAAUUUCUUUAAAUCUUUUUUUUUUAUUUAAUUCAAAGAGGAAGAAAAAAAAAAAAGCAUCAGUCUCGGCCUGAUACAUUCAAUCAGACAUUUUGGGGCGCCAACUAAAAACCCUAAUAACCAAUAAUAAAAACACAGAGAGAGAGAGAGAGAGAGAGAGAGAGAGAGAGAGAUUGAGAUCAAACCAAGUAACUCUGAAAGCAGAGAGAGAGAGAGAGAGAGAGAGAGAAAUGAAGCCUUUAUGUGUUUGUGUCAGAUCUGCAGCAACCCUCAUAACCCACCUAUUUUAGUUUGUUUCACCCACAGAUUUCUGUAUCCUUAAUGAAUGCUGAAUGGAUAUAUAUAUAUAUAUAUAUAUAUGUGUGUGUGUGUGUGUGUGUGAGUGUGUACAUUAUAUAUGGAUAGGAAUGAAGAUCAAUGAAUGGAGGACAAUUGGGUUUUCGUUUCGAGAUAAAAGAGAAACACAAAAGGAAAAAAUUGAAAAAAAGAAGAAGAAGAAGAAGAAAUGUCGGAAAUGCGAGUAUCUCAUCCAAGCAAGUUCCAUUUGAAGAAGGAGCUCACUCAGAUUCGGAAGGCUGCAAGGGUUCUUCGUGAUCCAGGGACAACGUCGUCCUGGAGGUCUCCUCUUGCCUCAUCUAGAUCUGCAGUAGUAGCAUUGGCAGCAGCAGCAGCAGCUUCCACUCCUUGUAGUUGGAAGAACAACAACAACAACAACUCGGAGAAUGAAGGUCGCAAGGAGCUUCACGAGGGUUCCUUGGUUGAUCCUGUAAAUAAGAUUAGCAGUGGGGAUGUUAAGGAUAAGAGGGUCUUCCUGUCUAAUUGGAUGAAUCCCAAAUCGUCGAGUGAGAAGAGUUUGACUUUGAUAGGAAAAAAUGAUGACUUUGAUGAUGAUGAUGAUGACGACGAUGAUGAUGAUGAACACGAUGACAUUCAAGGGUCUUCUUCUAUUGCAGGGGCUAGUCUUGAUGAUAGCCUCAGCGAUGCGCGAAAUGUGAGGCAUGGGGAUACAAAGAGUGAUACUUACUUGGGUGAUGGUCCUUCCUCAAUGCUGUUCAGACGCAGAGACGCAAAUCUUGUCUCAUUGGGGGCUACAUCCAUCAAGCGGACAGCCGGGAUGAAGAAAAGAUGCAAGAAAAUCGAUACCCAUUUGGAUGUUUUGUCAAAAUACCAGCAGAAAGAAAUCAUUCUCGCUAGGAACAACUUAGUCAAUUCGAGAAGAUUGCUGGACGGUCAUCCUUCAGUUACCAUAGGAUUAGGCCAGGAUGACUCGGUUGAGCAAUCCGAUGACACUGAAGAGUACUGUAAUUCAGAGGACAUACGGCCAAUUACAGGGGCUUCCCCUUUGCUUUGGAAACUUAAGCACAAGAAUUGGUCUCACUCAUCGUCCAAGUUUUUGAGACAUACUCGAAGAGAGGACUCUUCUUAUACCUAUAGUACUCCGGCACUGUCAACGAGUUCUUAUAAUCGGUAUGGCAACCGUAACCCAAGUACUGUUGGAUCUUGGGAUGGCACCACAACUUCCAUGAAUGAUGGUGAUGAUGAGGUGGACGACCAUUUGGAUUUUCCAGGCCGCCAAGGAUGUGGCAUUCCUUGUUAUUGGUCAAAGAGAACACCCAAACAUAGAGGCAUGUGCCGGAGCUGUUAUUCUCCUUCCCUCUCCGAUACUUUAAGGAGGAAAGGAAGUAGCAUAUUCUGUGGAAGUCAUACAAUGUAUACGAGACGUCGAAGGUCGUCAUUGAGUUCCAGCAAGCGGAGAAUGGCUUUGAGGAGUGCUCAGGGUGUCCUCCCAUUGCUUACCAAUAGUGGGGAUGGUGGGGGAGGGUCAUCUAUAGGAACUGGAAGGAGUGAUGAUGAGCUCUCUACCAACUUUGGGGAGCUUGAUUUGGAGGCUUUGAGUAGAUUGGAUGGACGGAGGUGGUCGUCAAGCUGUAGGAGUCAAGAAGGAUUAGAGAUUGUAGCUCUAAAAGGGGAAGGGGAAGAGGAAGGGACCCUGGAAAAUAUUAGAAGUUUUAGCCAGAAAUAUAAGCCAAUGUUCUUUGGUGAAUUGAUUGGGCAGAGUAUUGUGGUGCAGUCUCUUAUUAAUGCUAUUUCAAGAUAUCGAAUUGCCCCUGUUUAUCUUUUCCAGGGCCCUCGUGGGACUGGAAAGACCUCGGCGGCCCGGAUUUUUGCUUCUGCCCUAAAUUGUUUGGCUCCUAAUGAAACAACUAAGCCAUGUGGCUACUGCAGAGAAUGCGCUGAUUUUAUCUCUGGGAAGAGCAGGGACCUAUUGGAAGUUGAUGGCACUAAUAAAAAAGGUAUUGAUAGAAUUAGGUGCCUUUUGAAAAGUUUAUUGGCAGGACCUUCAUUACCUUCCUCACGGUAUAAGGUUUUUGUGAUUGAUGAGUGUCACUUGCUACCCUCUAAAACAUGGCUGGCAUUUCUUAAAUUUCUUGAAGAACCACCGCAAAGAGUUGUGUUCAUAUUCAUAACAACUGAUCUGGAUAAUGUGCCACGUACUAUCCAGUCACGGUGUCAGAAGUAUCUCUUCAACAAAAUUAAAGAUAGUGAAAUUGUGGCGCGAUUAAGGAAAAUUUCUGCUCAAGAAAACCUGGAUGCCGAAUCAGAUGCACUGGACUUGAUUGCUUUGAAUGCAGAUGGUUCACUUCGAGAUGCAGAAACCAUGUUAGAGCAGUUGAGUUUGCUUGGGGAAAGAAUUUCUACAUCUCUUGUAAAUGAACUUGUUGGGGUUGUUUCAGAUGAGAAACUACUGGAACUUUUGGAGUUAGCAAUGUCAUCAGACACUGCAGAGACAGUGAAAAGAGCCAGAGAGCUGAUGGACUCCGGGGUUGAUCCAAUGGUUUUGAUGACUCAACUGGCCAGCCUUAUUAUGGAUAUUAUUGCUGGAACUGACAACAUCAUUGAUGUAAAACACAAUUCAUUGCUUGGUGGACGAUAUUUGACUGAAGCAGAAGUGGAGAGAUUAAAGCAUGCUUUGAAGCUUCUUUCAGAGUCUGAGAAACAGCUCAGAAUUUCAAGUGAACGCUCAACUUGGUUCACAGCAACUCUAUUACAACUUGGUUCUCUGCCUUCUCCAGACCUUACUCUUUCAGGUAGUAGUAGGAGACAGAGCUCUAAAACUACUGAUUAUGACCCAUCAAGUGCUUCAAGAGAAGCUACUUCUUAUAAACAUAGAUUGGAUGCUCAAUAUGUGGCUCAAACUUCUCCUGCUGUGCAAAAAUCCAUUAAUUGCAAUCCCAACCGUCAAGGAGAGCUGUCACGAAAUGAUGGUUUUGGUUUCAGUUCCAAGCUCUCACAUGGCCAGUUAAUGGAUGAUGGUGUCUCAGUUGCCUCACAUGACGAUGUCGUGGUUGGGAAUAUGAGAUGCACAAACUUGGAAAAGUUGGAUAAUAUUUGGGCACAAUGUAUUGAAAGAUGUCAUUCGAAGACACUGAGGCAGCUGCUUGAUGCUCAUGGAAAGCUUGUUUCUAUCGCUCAAGUUGAAGGUAUUCUAAUUGCUUAUGUUGCAUUUACUGAUGAAAACAUUAAAUCCAGAGCUGAAAGGUUUUUGAGCAGUAUAACAAAUUCAAUAGAAAUGGUUCUUAGAUGCAAUAUAGAGGUAAGAAUUAUCCACUUACCAGGUGGAGAGGCUUCUUUAAAUGCUGCAAAUCUUUUGGAGUUACCAGAAGAUUUAAAGCAGGCAGAAACAAGACUGGCAAUUGAAAAGGAGAGGAAAGAAGCUUCCUCUAAUAAAAUGGACGGCUAUUCUAAUUCUUACCCAUUGCUGGAUGGGACCUAUCAGUCAACCUCUGGUUCUUCAGAGUUACUGGCUGAAGGCAAUGCUCGGACAAAUGAUAAAAGAGAAAGGAGACAGGAGAUUCCAAUGCAGAGAAUAGAAUCUAUCAUUCGUGAGCAAAGGUUAGAAACUGCCUGGCUACAGGCUGCAGAGAAAGGCACCCCUGAAUCAUUGAGUCGUCUGAGACCCGACAAGAAUCAGGUCCUGCCUCAAGAGGCUAUCUAUUGCGAAGAUCAAAUGGACUCAAAGGAUUCAACAUCAUUGUCACCACAGCAAUGGGAAGAUGAAUUAAACCAUGAACACAAAGUAUUAAAGCUAAACAAUGGAAAAGUCCUUCAAAAGGACCAAAUUGCUAGACGGGUAGAUCGAUAUCCAAUGUCCCCAAGUUUAUUGCAUGAUACCAGCUUCAUGGGCACUUCUGGAAAAGAUAACCUGGGCUAUGAAUCAGGAUCAGGUGCUGGAGGUUGUAGUGGGUUUUUCUGUUGGAAUACCGCAAAAACCCAUAGAAAUGCAAAGGUCAGAGGGACUCCUGUUCGUCCACAAAAAGUUGGACGGUUUUCUUUGUUUGGUGAAUGUGUGAAGUCGAAGAAAGUAGAAAGCAGGCAUAGAAGAUAAGCGGGUGAUUGAGUUUUUUUUGGAGUAUCAGAGAUAUAGUUUUUGUUUGUUGCACAUUCUUGUAUUUAUUUUCCAUUCAAAGCCAUUCUUGGAGGAUGUGAGUGAGAAAUACGGAAAAUGGUGUAAAGCUUAUGGCGGUUGGGCUGCAUUUCUUCAGUUCCAUCCAUUUUCGUGGGAUCAAUAAAAAUGAUUUGAUGGUGAAGCCUCAAUUUAUCUGGUUUUUCGCCACAGAA